GACUCCUGUCCUGGACGCUCGGACACGCGCUCCGCAAGCCGCAACUGACUCGCUCGGUCUCUCGCGGAGACGACGAUGAUCAUGGUGCUGCGGGGCGCUGCUCUGCCCUGUCUCCGCGGCGAGGGACUCGGACAGUGAGCGAGGGUGGACGGCACAGCCCGGGAUUCGGGAAGGGGAGCCUGCUGGAAGGAGGCACCAUGGAGCUGGCGGCGUUGCUGCUCGCAUCCCUCUCGCUGUGUUCGGCCAUCAUCGAGGCCCCAGAUGAGUUUUUGUCUCUGGCCGAUAUGGAAGAUGCCCUCCUGAGGAACCUCUUCCGGGGAUACCAGAAGUGGGUCCGGCCUGUCCUGCAUGCCAACGACACCAUCACCGUCCGCUUCGGACUCAAGAUCUCCCAGCUGGUGGAUGUGGAUGAGAAAAACCAGCUUAUGACCACCAACGUCUGGCUGUGGCAGGAGUGGACUGAUUACAAACUACGGUGGAACCCUGAGGACUACGGUGGAGUGACUUCUAUCCGUGUCCCUUCAGAGACCAUCUGGCUACCAGACAUUGUGCUGUAUGAGAAUGCUGAUGGACGCUUUGAGGGCUCCCUAAUGACCAAGGCAAUCAUCAAGUAUAAUGGCACCAUCACAUGGACUCCACCUGCCAGCUACAAGUCCUCCUGCACCAUGGACGUCACCUUCUUCCCCUUUGACCGGCAGAAUUGCUCCAUGAAGUUUGGCUCUUGGACUUAUGAUGGCAACAUGGUAGACCUGGUCCUGGUGGAUGAUCAUGUGGACCGUAAGGACUUCUUUGAUAAUGGAGAGUGGGAGAUCCUCAAUGCUACAGGAAUGAAGGGUAGCCGCCAAGAUGGACUCUACUCCUACCCCUAUGUCACCUACUCCUUCAUCCUUAAGAGGCUGCCGCUCUUCUACACACUCUUCCUCAUCAUCCCAUGUCUGGGCCUGUCCUUCCUUACUGUGUUGGUCUUCUACCUGCCAUCUGAUGAGGGUGAGAAGCUCUCCCUCUCCACUUCUGUCCUUGUGUCCCUCACUGUCUUCCUGCUGGUCAUUGAGGAGAUUAUCCCUUCCUCCUCCAAGGUCAUUCCACUAAUUGGCGAGUAUCUCCUAUUCAUCAUGAUCUUUGUCACCUUCUCCAUUAUCGUCACCGUCUUUGUCAUUAACGUGCACCAUCGCUCAUCAGCCACCUACCACCCCAUGGCACCCUGGGUGAAGAGCCUUUUCCUGCAGCGGCUGCCCAGGCUGCUCUGCAUGCGUGGCCACGCUGACCGCUACCGGCAUGCAGAUGUCGAACUGCGGAGCCCCGAGCUGAAACCGCGGGUCAAAAAGCAACCGCGAGCUCAAGCCAGGAAGGAGGAAGAGAACUGCGACUGGCUGACCAUGCUGGAGAAAGCUACGACCUCCGUGCGCUACAUCUCGCACCACAUCAAGAAGGAACACUUUAUCCGUGAGGUGGUCCAGGACUGGAAAUUUGUGGCCCAGGUGCUGGAUCGCAUCUUCCUGUGGGCGUUCCUCACAGUGUCCAUCCUAGGCACCAUCUUCAUCUUCACUCCUGCCUUGCAGAUGUACCUGAGCAGUCCUCCAUAGCCCUUCUGCUCCCAAGAAAUCCAUUAUAAUCGUAAUCUUUGUAAUCACCUUGGACAUUGUGGGAUGUAUGGAUGUUUUCACUGUACCCUAAGCAUUUAGAAUUAAUCUCUGAAUAGCCAACAUGUAAUCCUCUAGUUAGCUUUUAACUGAAUUUGACAGUAAUGUCCAGAGGGGAGCAGAUUCCGUUGGCUGUUGCUUUCAUCUUAAAUCUGCGUUAAAAAAAACAUGCAUAGAAAGUACUCUGAAACCUUAAGUUUAUUACAUAAAUGUAAACAAUGAUUUGACUGGCUGUUUUUCGAAGUGACACUGUGACAUCAUGCUCAUUGAAACUUGGCAAUACUACAGUCACCAUGGUCAGCGUUUAGAACGUUUUACCAGUUCUUCCAGUACGUGCUGGCUGGGGGUGCUGCUGCCCAUGAACCAUGGAGACCACAAACAGCACUGGACUGGUAGGAGAACCAGACUAACUUAUCAGCAGUGGAGACAAGUGACUCUCAGUGUUUAUUCCAUCACUCGUGGGCAUUGAAUAUCUAUGACAUCAUUCCACAUGUAAUUAUACCAUCAGGUAUACCUUAUCCUGUUUUAUUGAAAAAAACUGUAACAAUCUAUUUUAAAAGUUAGUAAUCAUAAUCACUGCAUGUUCUUUUGUCAAUUUAAAAUCUGUUGUGUACUUCUUAAUUUGCGCACAGCUUUUGAUGUCAGAAUACCAUGGAGCAUUAAUUAACUGUAAAUCUAGAUAAAGCACAGACUGCCACAGGAGACUUGGGUAAGAAAAUAUUAAAA